CGUUUUUAUUUUGUUGCUGCAUCAUUUUCUGUUGCAAUCGAUAUAAUAAGAGCUGUCAUUUGUUUUAGUAUGUACAGAAGCCAUUACCCUGAUGCCCCAGGUCACCACAAUAUGGACAGCCACACUCGAGUAUCAUAUCGCCGUAAUCCUGGUUUUCUGGAGAGGAUUGGUCAAAGCCUAAUUGGUAUACUGGUGGGGAUAGCCCUUCUAAUAGGAGCUUCAGUUCUAUUGUUCUGGAAUGAGGGAAGAGCUGUUAAAACUGCAAAGUCUUUAGAUGAAGGAUUGAGCAAGGUUAUGGUCCAGGAAAAUAUAUUUGGGAUCAAUACAAACAAUGAUGGAGCACUAAUCUACAUCAGUGGUGAGCUGUCUACUGGAAAGCAACCAUUGGUAGAUGAUGUACACUACGUGACGGUAAAUGCAGUUAAAUUACAGAGAAGUGUGGAAAUGUAUCAGUGGGUGGAGACAGAGACAAAAAGAGAAUACAAUGAAGGUGGACAAACAAGGACUGAAACCACAUACUCAUACGAUUUGGAAUGGAGAUCCGAUUUAGUCAAUAGUGAUUCGUUUGAUAACCCAGUUGGCCACAAAAACCCAAGGAAUUUCCCAGUCGAAUCAAGAACACAAGUAGCCAGUCCAGUGCAUGUUGGAAUAUAUCAUCUCUCAAGUGGAUUGGUUGACCAGAUCAGUGAGUUCCGCCCCAUUCCAUCUGAGCUCCUUCCCGUGCCUCAUGAUGGAUACACACUGUUUAAUGGGAUGUACUACAUGUCUCAGAAUCCAAGAAAACCACAGGCAGGAGAUAUCCGGGUGAGCUAUAAAUAUGCUGGAAUUAGUGGAGAGUCUACUCUAGGGAAGCCAGAUGUGGUGAGCAUUAUAGGCAAGCAGUCCGGUAACUCCAUCGUUCGUUAUGAAGCAGAUAAUGGAUAUGAUCUGCUCUUUCUCUAUAUGGGAAGACAUUCCCCAGAGGCAAUAUUUGCUCAAGAACACCAGAAGAACACUAUGAUAUCCUGGGCUGUGAGGUUUGGAGGCUGGCUCCUGAUGUUUGUGGGAUUUGGAUGCUUAACAAGCAUCAUCAGAACUCUAGUUGAUUGGCUGCCGAUUAUCCGAGAGCUUGUAGCUAUUGGAGUAACCAUGAUGAACCUCUGUUUAUCCAUCAGUCUCUCUCUAACAGUCAUAGCCAUUGGCUGGAUUGCUUAUCGACCAUUAAUGGGAAUAGCUAUUUUAGCAAUGGCUGCCACACCAUUUUUUAUGGCUAAAUUUAGAUCCAGGGGAUCACACGGACACACUUCCUAUGACUGACAGCUUAGCUUUAAUUUAGAUAGAUUUUUUUUCUAUACCCAUCCAAAAUGUCUUUCAUUAAAACUGUCUUCACAUAAUAAUUGUAUUCAGAGUAAAGUUAUUACUUUAAUCUUUAGAAGUUUCAGUUUUGAUAUAUUAGUAAUUGUAUUUUGAAAUUUGGAAAUAUAUUUUCCUUAUUUUUUCUCUGAAUCAUCUUAUUCAAUUUUAAAAAAAGCUUGAAAUUUUUUAAUGUCAUUUUCAUAACAACAUUUUUGGAUAAAUUUACUGUAUUCCAUAUACAAAGAGGUGGAAUUAAAGGGAAGAGUGCCCGACAUAUUACAGCAAUUCAUCCAAAAAUUUGCCAACGAAAUUAGUUUACCAUAUUUCUGUACAUGAAUAAAAACUAAUAUUUACCAUAACAAACCACCAUACACCUCCUCUAAAGUAACUUCCAAGUCGGCACAAGUAUUAUGUGGACUUUUGAAGGUAUAUGUUGCAACAUUUCUGUUGGCUCAGUUGUCUGAGUAUUAGCUAAUUCCACCCUGUUUUUGGUUAUAAGUUUUAUUUUCUGUUCUUUCUGAAGUAGGUAGGGUGUUAAGGUGUUUGGAAAUAGAUAGAUACUGUGUAUACAUGUACUUAUAAUUUUUUUAAAAGAUUUUUUGUUGAAUACUUUUACUAGAGGUACUUUUUCCUGUCAUAUAUCCCAGUAGGAUAGUUAAUUAAGAUUUUUUUUGAGACUUCUGGUUUAAUAUUUACAUGUGUGAUAAUCAAUAUUUAAUGUCCCCACCUGAAAUGAAAAUCCUUGAUCUUCUCUUGUAGAAUCAAAUUAGAUUUUAAAUUUUUUCUCCUAUUUACACAAUCCUGUUGUAUAUGCAUUUGUGAGUUCUCUGUCUGCACCAAUAAAUUCCAAUCACAGGCUUACAUCAAAUUGAUCAUCAGACAAAGGGACUGGUUGAAACUGUAAAUUCUUAUAAUUAAACUACGCAGAAAAGGAUAUGUGUACUAUUUUCUUUAGAUAUAAAUUAUGUCAAGAACUACAUAAGAUUUUGAUCACUGUUUUUAAUUCUGAAAAAUGUUGAAAAAAAAAAAAAUUCAAUUUGGUAGAAUACUGAUUACCAUUUCAUUACUAAUAUUCCAAGACUGAUGAAUGAAUGAUGGAUCUAGUGAGUAAAGGGAUUUACAAUGUACAUGUAACUUCAAGUUAGCAAAAGUAUUAUGUAAACUUUUGAGGGUACAUGUCGCAACAUUUCUGUUGGAUUAAUUAUCUUAUUAUUAUCCAUUUUACACUGUAUAUUUGGUAUGUUUUGUUUUCGGUUCUUUCCUAAGUAGGAAGUGUUCUAGGAGUUUGAAAACAGAUAAAUUCUGUAUAUUUGAUUUUUGUAAAGAUGUAUAUAUAUACGUAUAUGUAUUUGUUGAAUACUUUUACUGGAGUUACCUUUUUCUGUCAUAUAUCCCAGUAGGAUAGUUAAUUAAGAUUUUUUUUGAUUAUCUGUUUUAUAUUUACAAUUGUGAAAAUCAAUAUUUAAUUACGCUUCAGUAACUUU